AUGGGCUUGAUCUCCAAAGGUCUCCGACGUGGUUUCGAGAAGCAAGCAAAAGUGCUCCUGCCAGUGGCGCUUGCUCGGAUCAACGACAGGAGUGUGUGGAAGCACAAUUGCCUCAUCGAUCUUGUGGAGCAGCUUUUGUGGUCCAUUCCCUACGAGGUGCUCUUGGAGGAUUGGUAUUGCCAGUGCCAUUUCCGCCUCUGUAAUGAGCAGCCUGUUUGCAUUCCUCACAGCUAUGGCUAUCAGGAGCUUCCACCUCACAUUGGUGUGUUCGUGAAGAAGGAGGCGCUGAACUUGCUGCUGCGGGGGCUAGAGCUUCCACAGGUCCAGGAGAUAUAUCCCGAUGCAUUCCAACGGUUCUUCCCAGCUGUGGCGACGCUGACACUUCCGCUGGUUGAUGAUUCUGACAACAUGGUGCGACAAGAAGCGGCCAAAGUGCUUGCCAGACUGGUGGUCCACAACAACAACUCGAGUGACCUUCCUGUCGUGUUGGACCGGAUUCCUUCACACCGCCGAGCCAUGUUCGAUGACGAGGUGAAGAAACUCUCAAAGGACCCAAAGGACCCAAAGGACCCACUUCCGCCACUUCCGUUGACAUCCAGUCUAUCACCUGGCAUCAUGUCCGAGCUGCGCACGGUACCAACACCCCUGUCGCCUCCUGGACGACGCGCCUCACUGAAGCAGCGCCUUCACGCUGUGCCAGUAGAGUCACCAUUGAGCGCUCAGUCUGAAGCUUCUCAGCCCUCCAAGUCCUCCACACCACCACUUGCCCACAAGCUCGCCACGAAUGGCGAGGCACUGGAUGAGGCGGCGGGUGUGGUCUGCCCCUCAAUGGAGACACCUCUGAUGAAGGGAAUGGCAGAGGAAAUCCGCAGCCUCCACUCCAAGGCCGGCCGACUGCAUGAGCCAGAAACUCAGACACGGAGACAGGCAAGGCGAGGAGCGCACUCAAGCCACGACGGCAGUGCUGUCACCAGCGCCGGCUGCUGGUGGAGCUCCGGCCUCAGGCUCAGUGGUCAGCAGGCGGCUGUACCCCUUUAUGCAGUACCACAGACCGUCCACUGCGAUGUAGAUCACUCCGCCACUGGCGACGCAACGCCCAAGCGAGAGCUGAUCGCACAUGGAGAAGAGUCACCCACAAGGUCCGGAAGGAUCUGGGAGCUCCCAUACAAGAGCUCUCCCCCACGAGGCGAGAGGCGACGCCAACACGAGAGCCAACACCGCGAGCCGGGCGAGACGCCAACAACCCCAGAGCUCAUGAUGUCUAUCCACGCAGCUCCAGUGCAGCAGCCCAUGACCUACGCUGGCCUCCGUUUUGAUGAAAGGUUGAGGCAGUGGCUUCGCGAGGAGCUUUUGAGCUUUUCUGACGCGUGGACCACUUGUGCUUCCCUGCAGUGUUGCUUGUCAGCUAGGCUGGUGGCCGCGCUGAGGCGGCAUCAGCGUGCUUGCUCAAAGGCCUAUCGCUUGCAAUGCGUCGAAGCCACGAUCGGCUCUCCGGUCUCCUGGUCUUUAGAGCCUGUCUGGACGAUCGAGUCGAGCAUCGAGUGGCUGCUUUCGUUGAGGGAGGAGGAGGAGGAGGAGGAGGAGGAGGAGGAGAGGAAGAACCGUGACCAAUCAUUCUUGGCUCAGCAGCUAUGCAACUACAGGCGACCUGCUGAAGCACCUAUGACAGUGUGGAGAGUAGGUUCGUCCCCAGAAGCAUUUUUUCGCGUGCUCAAGCUGGAAGCUUUGCCCUGGUUUUGCCCCAAAGUGAGCACACCAUUGGCACACCUGAGCUCAGCAUGGCGACGUGGGCAGCGGCGCUCGCUGACCACCUCGCUGCGGCAGGUGACAGCCAAUGUAUCAGAGAGGGCAGCGACGCGAUAUGACAGACUCUUAGCAGCUCAAAUGCCUUGGCCAGGCCGCAUCGCGCGCGACAUGUUCGCUUCGGUGGGCAGCUGCCAGGAGCCGCGGCGUUCAAAUUGUGCCGUGGAAGCUCUCGAAGCUCUCGAAUCCGCGUGCAGAGCUUGGCCGAGCUUGGCCUCCUUUCCUUUUGACGGUGCCGAAGGUGUUUUGUCGUCCGUUGCACAGUGUCCAAUGAAGUCUUAUGUGACAGGUCGUCGCCGUUUCCGGUUGACUGUCUUCCCGGGCCGACACUGCUUCAGGUCGUCAUGCAGACAGAGCAGACAGGCAAGAAGGUCAAACGAUGUGACCUUGAACGACCUCAGUGCUAUGAAGGAAGUCGGCUACGUCGGCUACGUCGGCUUGGUGAACCAUGGCGCAACGUGCUACAUGAGCAGCUUGCUUCAGUCCCUUUUCCAUGUUGGAGAGUUCAGGCGAAGUGUUUAUUCCAUCGAGUGCGGGAAGACGGCAGCGGUUGGCAACACGGAUGCAGAAGGAGACAUUUCCUUGAUCCAGGCACUGCAGAACGUCUUCUACGGACUGCAAACCUCCAAGCAGGCCGUGAGUUGCAAGGAGCUCAUGAGGUCUUUCGGCUGGGACACGACUGAUGCGUUCACCCAGCAUGACGUACAGGAGCUGAGCAGGAUCUUGUGUGGUCGGCUCGAGGAGCAGAUGAGAAACACAAACAUGGGUGAUUCCAUCAAGAGGCUGUUUGAGGGCGAGAUGGAGAACCGCGUUGAGUGUCUAGAUGUCGACUACACUUCCAAAAGGCGCGAAACGUUUUACGACAUCCAGCUGAACAUAAAGAACGAAAAGGGAAUCCACCUCCAGACCAUAGAGGAGUCCCUCAAAGACUUCACUGCGGAUGAGAUGCUCGACGGUGACAAUCUUUACGAGGCGGAAGGCCACGGCAAGCAGCGCGCAAAGAAGGGCAUCCGGUUUGUGAAGUUCCCUCCGGUCCUCAAUGUGCAGCUCAAGCGCUUUCACUUUGACAGGGAGAGAAUGGACAUGGUGAAACUCAAUACCCAUUUUGAGUUUCCUCGACGGCUGAACCUUGAAGAGUUCGUGCCGAACGCCGGGCACUACCUGCUGCACUCUGUAGUGGUCCACUGCGGUGAUGCCAACAGUGGCCAUUAUUACACCUACGUUCGGCCACUGUCCCAGGGAAUGGCGAGUGCUU